UCCUUCCCUUCUUCCGUCAGUCUUCACCGUGUUACCAUCCGCACCUGGCAUCGUCUCCUUUGCGUCUAGAAGCGCACAUCGUCGAGGGCCAGCAAAGCAUGGCUUGCGCCGUUUGCCUCCCGAGAUAACACUCCGCGCCUCGGAAACAAUGCCGCUCCCGGCCACAUAUCCCGGGGCAGUCGGCAGGUUAAGGCGGACGCGCCGAAUCCCGCGUUUGCCCCGUUUGACCCCUCUAUACAGCCGUGAUCGAUAGAAAGUUAUACAUUGACGGCGGGUUUAUGAACUACAGCCCGCUGUCACAAUACCCGACUAAUUAUUCAAAUCCCGGGCUUCACUACCAUGAUCUUGAUACGCCGGGCGCAGGGCUCAUGCCACAGCUUUACGCCAACCUCACCAAGAACACCUCCAUCCCGACCGUCAAUGGCGGUACCCUAUGGGCGGAUGACGUGAACAAAAGGUUCUACCUCUUCGCCGGCGAAUAUUACCAGCAACCGCCCUCGUCGCAGUUCACGCUCUGGUCAUACGACACCAUCUACAACCGUUGGGAAUCAUUUGGGUCGCCGGCUGAGGACGAUAUUGCUGCCAUCUCAUACGGCGCGGGCGUCUCGGUAUCCGAAACGGGCGAUGGCUACUACUACGGCGGAUGGAAAUCGAACAAUACCAUGCCGGGCUGGGAAGGCUCGCCAAAGGCAAUGACUGGUCUGGUGAAAUACAACAUGGACUCGAACGAGUGGUCUACCGACCCAGGGCCGGACUCGAUUGGGAGAGCAGAGGGGGCGAUGGUGUUUAUUCCGAUCGGUGAUGGCGGGAUGCUGGUGUACUUUGGUGGCGUUCGAGAACCCUCUGGGAACGGGACCUGGGUCGGCCAGUCCCUGGAGACCAUCUUCCUCUACGAUGUGCUCAGCUCAAAGUGGUACACCCAGGAGGCCACGGGACAGAUUCCGCCGAUGCGAAGGCGGUUCUGUGCUGGAGCGACCUGGGCUCCGGAUCAGUCAAGCUACAAUAUUUACCUCUACGGCGGCGCGGGGAUGCCUCCCGAGACAGCAGGCUUCGACGACAUCUACACUCUUUCGAUACCCUCAUUCGAGUGGGUCAAGAUGUUUCCAGCCGACGGGAACCAAACCGGCACAUACCCACACCACUCUCUUACUUGCAACGUCAUCGACGACGCCCAAAUGAUCGUCAUCGGCGGCACCUUCCCGACCAGCGACCGCUGCGACGUCCCGGAGCAAUACGGACUCCACAACAUCGACCUGGGCCAGCAAAACGAAGACGAAGCCAUCUGGCAGAUCUUCGACACCAACCUCACCAAGUACGCCGUCCCGGCCCCCAUCAUCGACGCCAUCGGCGGCUCCGCCGGCGGAGGCGCCACCAAAACCGCCCCCGCCGACGGCUUCAGCAACCCCGACCUCCGCGUCCUCAUGACCCGCAAAGCCAGCAUCGCCACCCGCACACCCACCCGCGCCAUCCCCACCUCCACCAACCUCCCAGAGCAAGAAACCCCCCUAUCCAGCGGCGCCAUAGCCGGCAUCGCCGUCGGCGCCGCCGCCGCCGUCGCCAUCCUCCUCGCCGCAACCAUCUUCCUCAUCCGCCGUCGCCGCAACCCCCCGCACGGCAACAGCGGCGGCGGCGGCACCCACCCGCAGACCAAAUACCUCUCCACCAGCUCCCACGGCUGGAGCGGCCCCACCCACACCAACAACAGCGCCCAGAGCCCCACCACCUACUCCCCCACCAGCCCCUACGGCCACAGCCCCUUCCUCGACCAGCACCACCAGCACGGCAACGGCUACCGCCCCCCGCCGCCGCCACCGGCUGAACUCCCCGUCUCGGAUGCCACGACCUGGCGGGGGCCGGAUGGUGUGGCGUAUGAGCUGGUGGAUGCCCCCGCGUCGCACCUCGUGCCGAAUCUGACUGGCGGUACUGCCGGUGGGGGGAGUACGCCCACGGACGGUGGUUAUGGCCUCGGGGUCGGGGGCGGGAGCAGCAGUGGCGGCGGCGGGGACGCGCCGCCGCCGCCGCCGACCAAGAUGGAUGCCGAGGGCAGGCUGUGGGUGCAGGUGUCGUCGCCGGCGUCGUCGUCACACCUGCCGCAUGGCAGUGUUGGUGGGGGUACUGGGGGUGGGAGUCCGUAUCACUCGGGCCACUCGCCGGUGACGCCGGGGUCGGCGCAGCAGUAUCAUCUGUCGCAGCAACAGCAGCAACAGCAGCAAGGGGUGGGGUUGUGGGAGCCGCAGGAGUUGAGUAGUGAGCCGAGGAGGGAUGUGGGUGGUGGGGUGGGGGAUGGAGGAGGAGGGGAGGGCCCGUUGGGGGAGGGUGGGGAUGGGGGGAGUGGACGGCCGAGACAUCUUACUUUUUAUCAUCCUUGAUGAUGUAUGUGGUUUUGUUGGUUGUGAGGUUGGGAUGGUGUAGGCGUUUUUGGAUGGAUGGCUUGGAUACCUACCGUGACUGUGCAGGAGAAACUGUG